CCCUGUGAACCAUUUCGUGAAGAGUCACCCUGUUUACCGCGAGAUGUGUUUAAUUUUUUAGUUUUUUAUGUUUUAAAACAUAUAAAUAAGAAUGAACUCAUCAAAUCUCAAUUUAAAUGGGCAUAUGUGAUUUCACCAUGGACUUGGAAAACAACAACAACACGCAGUUAACCGGCAAAAAGCCGGAAAAAUUUGCGGGAAAGCGAAAAUCUGUAAUUACAGCAGAAGACAAGGGUGGUGAAAACAAAAGACUGAAAACGGAGGAUCCCACUGUGGAGGCCACGUCGCGUCCGCCACCGCAGAGCCCCAAGAAGCGCCUUCAACUGAAUGGAAAGCCCAAGCACAACAAAGAUCUUAACUUUACUUAUGGCAACUAUAAGCAUUACUAUGGCAAGAGGAUACUGGACAAGGACUUCCGGGAUAUCCGCCUGGACGUGCUUGGCACCCAGCCGGAUCUGUUCCGGGGCAAGCAGCUCCUGGACAUUGGCUGCAACUCCGGGCACCUGUCAAUCCAGAUUGCCAAGACCUUCGAGGCCAAAAGCCUAGUGGGGCUGGACAUAGAUCGUGGCCUGGUCAAGGAUGCCCAAAACACCAUCAGCCACCUGAAGCGAGAGGCAGGUCCUGGACAGGGCUUUCCCCACAACAUGAGAUUCAUGCAUGGCAACUAUGUUCUGGAGGACGACGUGCUGCUAGAGAUUGAGCGUCCGCAGUUCGAUGUAAUACUCUGCCUGUCUGUCACCAAGUGGAUCCACCUUAAUUUCUGUGAUUCCGGCCUGAAGCAGGCCUUCCGCCGCAUGUACCUGCAGCUGCGCCCGGGCGGCCAGCUCGUCCUGGAGCCUCAGUCAUUUGACGGCUACAAGAGGCGCAAGAAGCUAUCGGAACAAAUUAGAGAGAACUACAAUUCCAUAAAAUUCCGACCUGAGCAAUUCACCGAAUAUCUACUUGGCCCAGAAGUAGGCUUUGACAAAAUGGAACUCAUGGGCACACCAGAGCACUGUGAAGCCGGAUUCAAACGACCUAUUCAGAUCUUUACAAAGAAAUAGUACUACAACAAAAAAUUGAUAACAUUCUAUCAAGUGGUCAUAAAAACUUUAAUAAACAUACCCACGAGGGUAGGAAAGCUCAAGAUGGAAUCAGAA